AUUAACGACACGACUAAACUUUACGUCCGCUUAUAACUAAAUUUGGCAUAAAAACGAAAUAAUCUGAAUUUUUGAAAGUUUUAAAAAGUAACCGAAGGAAAGAAUCGAAGUCCUUGGGUGUACGGGCGAUUUCGACGAUAAUAGGAAAAAGCCCGGCAUGGCCUCUCCCUCAGAUACACAAGGAGGAAUGUCUCGCAAUGGACCUGGUCUUUACGAGUUUCUUAUGGAAGCUGAGUUACAACAGUAUUAUCCCGGUAUUCGAGGGGACUUGAAGGUGCAAACAACAGCGCAAUUGAAAUAUGUGACAGAAGAAGAUUUGAGUGCGAUAGGAAUGAGCAAGCCGGAGAUGCGUCGUUUAAAGAAAUACUUUCAGAAGCUUUUUCCUCAAAAUUAUUUAUCCAAAUUUAAAAAAAUGCUACUACCAAAACGCGAAGAGCAGCCUUCUGGUGUUCUAGGCAUGUUACCAGAAGAAAGACAUAACAAGCCAUCAGUAAUACGUGUUCCCAAUAAACACAUGAUUCCGGCUGAUGCGAUUAUUGUGAAUAAAGAACUUGGGACCGGUGAAUUUGGGGUCGUGCAACAAGGAGUAUGGACUAAUGAUGGAGAAAGGAUACAAGUUGCCAUUAAAUGUCUGUCACGCGAAAGGAUGCAGAACAAUCCCAUAGAAUUUUUGAAAGAGGCCGCGAUAAUGCACGCAAUUGAUCAUGAGCAUAUUGUGAGACUAUAUGGCGUCGUGCUCGAUACGAACUCGCUGAUGCUCGUUACAGAAUUGGCUCCAUUGCGUUCAUUACUGGAAUGCCUUAAGGAACCCAGUCUACGUGCAAGUUUUCCUGUCUUAUCGCUGUGUGAUUUCGCUAUGCAAAUCGCUGACGGAAUGCAAUAUCUGGAAGCGAAAAGAUUGAUACAUCGUGAUCUUGCUGCCAGAAAUAUCCUUGUAUUUUCCAAGAACAAGGUCAAAAUAUCGGAUUUCGGAUUAUCACGUGCUUUAGGGGUGGGUAAAGAUUAUUAUCAAACAAAUUUCAAUGUUAAUUUGAAGCUGCCUAUUGCAUGGUGCGCACCUGAAUGCAUAUCAUAUUUGAAGUUUACGUCAGCGAGCGACGUUUGGGCAUAUGGAGUAACGUUAUAUGAGAUGUUUAGUUACGGAUUUCAGCCUUGGGCAGCGCUGACCGGCCAUCAAAUUCUUGAAGCAAUAGACGAACCUAAUUUUCAGAGACUAGAACAACCUGAGUGCUGUCCAAAAGACUAUUUUACUUUGAUGCAACAAUGUUGGCAACACGAACCCUCAAAGAGGCCCAAAUUCUCCGAAUUGAUUAAUGUACUACCCGAUCUGAAACCUGAGCAAGUGCAGGCAGUCCAAGAUAGCACCGAGUCAGGUCAGCUCGUUUAUAGACAGAGCGAUAUAAUCACAGUUCUGGACAAAGGUAGCAGCAAUACUUUGUGGAAGGGCGUUCUAAAUAAUGGCAAAACGGGAUUCUUCAAUCCGGCUCACACAAUCGCAUAUCUUGGGUCCAAUCUGCCUAGUAAUAAACCCGGCGAAUUUACACGGGGAGAUGGUAGAAAUGCUUUCUCCUCGCAACGUAGAAAAAUUCGAACGGACAUGAUAUCCUCACCACAAGGCGAUCUCAAACAUACUGGUCACGUAGGUUUAGAUGGAGCAUAUUUUGGUGACAUUAGCUUUCUUGGAAAGUAUCCGCAUUUGCCUCGUCAAGUUGUGACGCCGUACAAACCGCAGGAGGAUGCAACCGAUAAUUUUAGUCAAAUUUCAACUCAGAAUGCAAGAAGCAUAGACAUGAAUAGGGAAUCGACAAGAGAAAGUAGAAGCAUACAACAAGAAACUGGAAGUAAACAUGAGAGCCUAUGGUCUGAUAUGAAUUCGGAGAUAUGCCAUGCUACAGGCAACAACGCAAACAAGCAAGCUAUGACAUCCAAUAUAGGUAGUAAUACUGAUACUCUUGGAGCUGACCAUGAAUACCACGAAAUCAGUGAUGAAGAAAACCAAGAUAGUCCGUUAAAAUUUGAUAAGACAUUAAAUUUUGAUUUUGGUCCAAGUCUUUUGGCAGAAAUGGAUCAAAUGUUCAGAUCAUUAGGUUCUUCCCCUCCCGGCCAUUCGUUAUUCAUUGAACAUGAAUCAAGCAACGCAAGGAAUGAACUGAGGGAAAUUCAAGCAAAACAUAAAAAGAAGCAAGCCACCGUGAAGCCUAUCUCAGCUGCCGAUCAGAAAACUCUCUACUCAGCUAUUGCUAUGGCACAAGAAUUGACCGCACGUUCCAUGACAGAUCUUGAAUAUCCACCGGAGUCUCCCCGUACUCCUGCCAGUCCUUCAAGGCGUAGGAAAUUCUCUUUUAAGUUGCCACAUCAACACAGCCCUAAACCAGACAGACGACACUUUUCUGAAGAAGCUGCCAGUAUACCUGAUAUACAGUGGUUAUGCUCAAGCCUGCAAUCCCUUUCAUCAACGGUAUCUAGUACAGAAUCCCUUGGUGCUCCAUCAACCUUAAAACUUCCUCUGUGGGACAAGGCAUCUGCAGAAUUUUGUUUCGCGAAAUCGCGAGAGCUAUUAACAAAGCCGAGUGCCUGGGCUUCGUACAUGGAUAUUGACUUGAAUGAGCAUAUGUUAGAUAAUGUUGCAAUGAAGCAGAAUUUAAUAAAAUCAACUAAAUUUUGGGAGAACGGAAAUAGAACGGAUCACUUCAAAUGCGAAGGAGUUUCUGAUGUGGACACCAAAUUAAAUGUCCAUCACCAGAACGAUAAAAAAUUCAAUAUAGAAGAUUUGAACUACGAUUUUUCACGCGAGAUGAAGAGAGUAUCUACCAGUUACGUUGAACGUUAUUUUGAACAGCUGAAAUACUGUGAUGAUGAAACUACUCUAGAAUGCACCAGCGCAAACAGCGAGAAGAUAUAUUUCAGGAAAGAAAAAUUGGACAAAUAUGUUAAAAUUAAUAAUUUGGAACAGCCUAAUAAACUCACUUAUUCUUCGAACAUUCAAGAACAGAAUUUGUCGGUCAGUGUUAAAUCUAAUCAAGCAUUACAAAAUAAAUUAAAUAACUGUGGAUUGAACGAUUGUAAUGUCAUGAAUUUCGAAGCACAGUCGGAUGAAAAUGUUGAUAUUUUGAAAGAAAAAAUGGCAAAUUUUGAAUCUCCUUGUAAUAAACCGGACAAGUUUGAUGUAGCAAGGGACAAGACGACUAACUUAGAUCUUGGUACACGACCGAAAAUUCCUGUUACCUUUACUGACUCCACAAAAAUAAACAUCACAAAUUUUACCAAGAAAAUUAACCUGUCGAAAUCUAGAGCCGCUAAAAUGUCUUUUAUGCCCAGAAAAUCCAGUCAAGACAUGAACACCAUCUGUGGUUCAUCGGAUAAUAUUAAGACUAACACGAAGACAAGUGGCUCGGAUAGUCCAAGGAGUAAUACAGAUACAAUAAAAAUAAAUAUACAAAGUUUUCGCAAGUUUGAACAAAAUCAGAACAGUCAUGAGGGCUUUCCGUAUGUAAUAUCCAAUAAUCCUAUAUUUAUUACUGAAAUAGAGAAGAAAGAAUCUCCCAUAUAUAGCAGUUCCGAAAGUUUGCGAGCAAAUUUUCAACGUCUCAGGCGGAAAUCUGAUGCCGAAGCCAGUCAGGUAGAACUUAAUAGUAAGAUCUUAGCUGAAAAAUAUCAACGUGAAAUUUCUGGUUUGGAAAAUGUAAAAAAUUACUUAGAUUCUAAAAAAGCUCACAGUUUAAACUUGGGUUUAAGUAAGUUGACACAGAACAUGGUACAAUUAGGCAAGAAUAUCGUGCAAAAUUCGAAAAAUUUAGAAACAGCUUUGCCAAAAGUCUUCAACAUAAGGAAUCUGGAUUUAUCUGCGCCAUCUCAAACACCUCUGCGAAGCUUAAAUAUACCGAUUCAAAAACCUAAGAAUUUGGACUUGAAUAUUCCAUUACAAAAUCAAUCAUCGAUUAACACAAAAUUGAACUUGAUAAAAAAAUCAAACUCGCCAACAAGUCCAACUUUAGACCAACACAUUUUGGAACCGCCAAAAUUAUAUCAGAACGAUCCCGCUAGAAAGGAGUUACCGAAAUUGGAUAUGCUCGCAGAGAAAUUUUCUGAUGCCACCGUUUACCGAUAUAGGACAUCAUCCUUGUCGGAGAGUAGAAAACCUUCAAUAAAAAAUAUACGUAGAUCUUUUCAUCCUAGAAAUGAUUCCAGUGAGGACUCGGACUCGAUUUCGCAUUCAGAGACAGAUAUCAGGAGCCGUUUGCGUUAUAAACGCUGGCACAAGAAAGUUCCACAUAGUUUGCGCUUGAACUUCAAAAAUAGAAUCUCAUUUUUACAUCCUGACUCCGCCAAAGGAUUGUCUGCGGUUGAGCUUUGCGGAAAGUCACCGCCGCCGUCGACGAGUUUCUUGAACUCAUUAUCGCCACCGUUCUCUUCCAAGAAUAAUUUGCUUUCUUGGCCGGAAAGUGCACCGAGCUCUAGCUUGACAUUUACUAGUAAUUCUGAUUUUGAUUCAGACACAAGCUCCGAGUAUCCCGAAUUCACAAGCGACGCCACCCUAUCGGAAGAAGCUAAGGAAGUGUACAACAGUUUGGUGGAGACGCCAACAUUGGAAAGUACCGGGGAUACGAACCCAUUGCGCAUGUUACGUUCCGGAUUAUCUAUAGUAAGGCCUAGAAUUCGUGGGAACAAACAUGCCACUCUGGGCUACCCAGUGUUAUCGCAGUCAGAAGACGUAUCUGGUGAGCAUGGCUUCCCUUUCGAGAUGCAUCAUAGCGGCGCGAUGACUUUGCCCAAAGUUCGAGCACCUCCAUCGCCUCAUACAAUUUUAUCUCUGCCUCAAUCACGCAUUCUUGAAAGACAUCACUCUAUGGAAAUAGAGAACAAUCAGAAUCAGAAUAACAUCGACGAGAAUCCAAUACCUCUGCCGCCUAGAGACCGCUCUAAGACACUUCAGCCCAAGUCUAGUUUACCACGACAUCAAAGGAAGCAUCCUUUGAUCAUACCUGGAGAUGGUAUCACAAGAACGCUAGCCAAGAUGGCAAUAACCAUGCCAUCCGUGGACGAUCAAGUGGACGGACAUUUCAUGUUACAGAAUUCUAAUGCGGCAAUCGAUGAGACCUUGCUACAGGACAACUAUCAUCCAGAAGCGUCUGCUAAUAGUCCAGAGGAAUUCGAACAACGCAUAGAUUCCGAGCUAGCUGCACUGGAUUCAUUACCUAUCGAAGAAUACCGUCUUCGACGAUGUAGCGUGAUCUCGGAGGAUUUGCUGGAGUUCUCAGAUAACUUAAUCGACUGCGGCGACAUGCUGGAUGUACGUCAGAAUGUUUCGGAAACAAGCAAUGAGAAACAAUUGAGUAAUUCAUCAACAAUGACCGAUAAGUUAUGCAGGAAAAUCAGCGCCGAAUCGAAGUUCUCCUUAAAAAGUUUUGCAUCUAAAAUACAAAAAAACACGGAAAGAGAUCCAAGUCAGGAUCCGAUGACAAUUAGUUCUCAUAGAUCAGAAGACUGGAACAAGAUGAAUUCCUCGAUCAGAGUUCAAAUUCCGUCUACAACAAUACAGCAGACACCACUAAAUUAUUCUUCACAAACAAACGUGGAAGAAAUCCCUUCCAAAUACGAAGCUUUUCAUUGUGAGGAACCUUUGGUACAUAUUGGCUCAAACAACAAUUUUCAUUUGACUACUCUUCCAAAAGCUUAUCACUUAUCCAACGAAAAAACAUCGAGUUGUGACAUCGUGAGUGACUUGUCGCGACAAUCGGAUCAUGUUUCUUGCGAAGAUCUAUUAGAAUUUGCUUGUGACGGGCCAAACACACGAAGAACUCGCGGACCUCGUAACGGGGAACAAUCUGAUGAAGUACGAAUCAUGCUGAAGGUGUUGCAACAGUCAACCCCAGAAUCCUGCAUCGCUGCAUUGAAUGUCACGGAAUGGGAUGUUCUAGCUGCAAUUAAACUGGAACGGCUUCAAGGACUAUUGAAAAAGGAAAAUAGUUUUGUCGGCCUCGAAGAUUGUAAAGUGAUACUGAACCAGUGUGGUGGUGACGUCGUUAAAGCGGCUGCGCUACUGCGAAACACGGACGAUGCUGCCGCGGUUUAGUUUAAAUUCACAAAGGAUAUAUAAGGAUUGACUGAAAAAUUUUUUUGUA